AUGAACACCGACAAAGAUAUGAAGAAACGAGAGAAGAAGGAUGCUGUGUUACCAUUAUUCAGUUAUAAUAGUGUAUCAGCUGCAACUAAUAAUUUCUCAGCUACAAAUAAGCUUGGAGAAGGAGGUUUUGGACCUGUUUACAUGGGAAAUUUACUUAGCGGGCAGAAAAUUGCAGUGAAGAUGCUUUCAAAAAAAUCUGGACAAGGAAUUGAGGAGUUCAGAAAUGAGACAAAACUAAUUGCAAAAGUCCAGCAUAAAAAUCUUGUCAGACUCUUAGGUUGUUGUAUUGAACGAGAUGAAAAGAUAUUAAUAUAUGAGUACAUGCCCAAUAAAAGUUUGGACUUCUACCUUUUUGAUCCAACCAAGAAAACGAUGUUAGGUUGGGAGACAUGCAUUUGCAUUAUUGAAGGGAUCGCUCAAGGGCUUCUUUAUCUUCAUCAAUAUUCAAGAUUACGAAUCAUACAUAGAGAUCUAAAACCUAGCAACAUUCUCUUGGAUAGUGAAAUGAAUCCAAAAAUAUCAGAUUUUGGCAUGGCUCGAAUAGUUGGAGGCAAUGAAACACAAGCAAACACAAACCGAAUUGUUGGAACUUAUGGAUACAUGUCUCCCGAAUAUGUUAUACAGGGUUUGUACUCGAUAAAGUCCGAUGUUUUUAGCUUUGGAGUAUUGCUAUUAGAGAUUCUAAGUGGCAAAAAAAAUACUGACUUCUAUAAUCAUAGUUCACUCAGUCUUCUAAGAUAUGCUUGGGAGUUGUGGAUAGAUGAUCGGAGUUUGGAGUUGAUAAAUCCAACAAUUGGGUAUCCUUCUUCUAGUUCUCUUCCGUUGAGAUUCAUUAACAUUGGCCUUCUUUGUGUCCAAGAAAGUCCGAUUGAUCGUCCUACCAUGGUUGAUGUAGUCUCAAUGAUUAGCAAUGAACAUGCACCUCUACCUACACCCAAGCAACCAGCGUUUACCACAUACCAGAAUAUGAUGGACUCAAAUUUAACAAUUGAUGGUGCAUGUAAUUGCUCAAAUAAUAGUGUUACUAUAUCAGUAAUGGAAGCCCGAUGA